GCGGCCAAUAGUCAGGGGUGAUCCGAGUAGCCCAAUCAUGGGGGUAGCCCAACCACAGCUGAAGGGCCAAAGUGGUACAGCCCUGCGCUAUGCGAUGCCAUCCCUAGUGAGCCAGUCAGGAAUGUGCGCAGUGUGAUACGGAUCCACACCCUUUCACCUCAGAGCCCAACUGUCAACAGCAGAUCCUGGAACCUUCUGGCAUCCUUUGCCUGAUUGGCUCUCGCAAGGCCGUUCACCUUCCGAGUGUCUCAUUUCAAGAGGACACUGGGCUGGGUUGACUUCUCCUCUCCUCACCAGUACAGGAAGAGAGUCUAGCUGAGCCUGGUUUCUGUUCUCUACCCAAGAAAGCAAGGAGAUGGGAAACUUCCAGGAACUGACAGGGUCAUUUAUCCUGAUAACCGUGAUUUCUUGCUUGGGAUCUUUGCAGUAUGGUUACAACUUCUGGAUCCUCUACAGCCCAACUUUGAUUGAGGAGGAAUUGGACAACGUAACCUUCCAAAAUUUCAGAUGGGAUACAAACAUAUUUUAUAGGGAGCUCACUGUAGCUAUCUUCCCAGUUGGAGGCCUCCUGGGGUCCCUUUGCUUUGCUUUCCUGGCUGAUAAGUGUGGCAGGAAAGGUACCAUGAUGCUAAAUGACAUUUUGUCUGUACUCUGUGCUGUCUUAUUGUGUUGGUUCAAAGUGAUAAACUCUUUCCCAUUAUCCUUUGCUACACGCUUUGCUGCUGGAAUAAGCACAGGCAUUUUGACCAUUGUUGCUCCAAUGUACCUUGGAGAGAUUGCCCCUGUAAACCUGAGAGGAGGCAUUAUCGAAAUGUGCUUGGUCUUUAUGUCUCUCGGUGUCGCUAUGGGUCAGACUGUUAGUUUUCCUGAAUUCCUGGGGAAUGAACAAGGUUCACCAAUCCUUGUUGGCCUAACUGGGAUCGGGUCAUUAUUUCAGCUCUUCCUACUGCUAUUCCUCCCAGAAAGCCCAAGGUAUCUACUGAUUCAAAAGAAGAAGGAAAGGGAAGCAAAGCAAGUCUUGAAGAGGCUGAGAGGUUCACACUAUACGGAGGAUGAGAUCGAAGAGCUCCAUCAGGAGGACCACUGUGAGCAGGAAGAAAAGGGGAUGAGAGUUCAUAAGCUGCUAUGCUCUCGAAGCCUGCGCUGGCCACUUCUCUGCUCCAUCAUCCUGACGGUGGGCCAGCAGUUCUCUGGCGUCAAUGCGGCAUACUUUUAUAUAGACGUUAUCUUCAAUUCUACGGGAAUAGGAAAGAAGAAUGUUGAGUACCUCACUGUAGGAGCAACUUGUUUCCUCGUGAUGACACAUAUAAUAGGGAUAUAUGGCGUUGAUGCUUGGGGACGGAGAAUUGUGCUUCUCUAUGGCUUUGGGAUCUGCAGCAUCUCUUGCAUUCUGUUAACCAUGACCCUCGAACUUGAGACCACCAUAUCGUGGAUGCCUUAUAUGAGCACAAUUUUUGUCAUAAUCUUCCUUAUUGGACACAUCAUCGGGCCAGGUCCAGUUAACUAUGUGUUGACAACAGAACUGUUCCUACAGUCAUCCCGGUCCUCAGCCUUUGCAAUCAUAGGAUCUGUGCAAUGGUUCUGCAAUGGUUUAAUUGCGCUUGUGUUCCUUUAUAUACAGAAACAUAUUGGGCCCUACAGCUUCCUCAUCUUCUUUCCUUUCAGCUUUGCCACACUUUUUUAUAUCCUCAAGUAUGUUCCAGAAACUAAAAGAAAGACCUUUCUGUCUAUCAGGAAGCUUCUUGAAAUGAAUGUGGUCAAAAAUCUGGGAAAUGAGCAAGAAGCUAACAAAGAAGUUGUGCAGGAGCCUACAAAACAGAAUGAAGGGAAGAGGGAGUCUACUGAGAAGCGGAAGUCCUUGCCAGUUGGUGGGCAAAAGAAGUCCUUGCCACGUGGUGGGAGAAGGAAAUAUGGGUCACGUGAUGGGAAGAGGAAGUCGAUGCAAUAAAUGCAAUAAAUGGUACAGAAGAUGCAAGGAUGCUAGCAACUUGAUUCUCCCAAGUGCAUCUUCUAAUGAAGUCUAGUUUAAAAAAAAAAAAAGUGAUGUCAUUUCCUCACUUCGGUUCCUUUGCUACCAUUUGAACGGGGAGGAGAAACACUCGAUACAAUGAUGUC